CGUACAUUGGUUAGAUCUGUCAUCAUGAGUGACAGCGACGAUGAUGUGCCUCAGCUCUCCGACGCGACGCUCGCAGCGCUGCACGAGUUUUACGCCGAGAGUGGAAGGACGGCACUGGAACAAAACUCCGUCAAGACCGAUCAGUUCGGUGCUGUGGAAGAAGACUGGCGCAUGAGUCAGUUCUGGUACAGUGAAGAAACAGCUGUACGGUUAGCAGAGGAAGUCAUGCAGCAGGCCGGAGAACAUGGGAGGAUAGCUUGUAUAAGUGCACCAAGCGUGUAUCAGAAGCUGAAACAGAUGGACUCUACGAGGUCAGACAGUGUGUCUGCUGUUUUGCUGGAGUUUGACCGACGCUUCGCAGCAUAUGGAGAUGAGUUUGUCUUUUAUGAUUACAACAACCCUCUGUGUCUGCCUGAGGAUCUGCUUCCUCAGAGCUUUGACAUCGUCAUCGCAGACCCUCCGUAUCUGUCUGAAGAGUGUCUGAGCAAGGUGGCACUCACCGUUAAAUACCUUACUAAGGGCAAAAUCUUGCUCUGCACAGGAGCUAUUAUGGAGAAACUUGCUGGGAAACUUAUGGAUUUGAAGAUGUGCAGUUUUUUACCAAAACACAAUCACAAUCUGGCCAAUGAGUUCCGCUGCUAUGUUAACUAUGAAUCAAGUCUUCUCUCAUGAAAAAGGCUUUCAAUCUGACAACAUUUGAACAUAGUCUUUUCCUAUCAGACAUCAGCAGAUGAUUAUUUCAAAGGAUAAAUACUCUAACUCCAAGAGGUGCAUAGCAGGAUCCAGAUAAUACAGCGGAGGAUUUGGCCCUUCAUCAGAGAUCUGUGAUCAGGCUUUGAUUAUACUUUGGCUGACUUGCAUUGUCAAUUGCACACCCAGAUUUCCGGCACAAAAUUGAAGCAAACAAUCUCAGAACGUUUUACUUUGUUUCAGUGCAUAAAAUGGGCUUGAAGUGAAUGUUUGAAAUGCAUUUGUAUAUAAAGAACUAUACACUAUAGAAUUGUGCGAUAUCAGUGUUCUUGUUGUUUUAAUAAAGUAAUAAUAGGAGGACUGACCCAAAA